AUGGAGUUAUCAAGAAUAUUUACCACCUUUGCGGUGUGUAUGAUGUUAUCAGUGAACGGACUUCACGGAGCCUUUUAUAUGCGAGAGAUGUGUGACAGUGAAUUACAACACAAGGGUGAGAGACUAUAUUCACAAUAUCCUAAGUAUUAUGAAAAUGAUUUGGACUGUGUCCUCGUAUUAAAAACCGUCCAUGACUACCAGAAGAUAUUUAUAGAUUUCGAUUGGAUUGACUUAGAAUCACACUUAAGUGGCUGUGCAGACUACCUUGAAAUAUACGAUGGCCCCGAUACGUCAUCACCAUUGAUAAAACGAAUAUGUGGCUCUUAUCGACCAGCUGAUUUUUCUUCAAGUGGCACUUCUCUGACACUCAGAAUGGUUACAGAUUCCAGUAGAAGGGACAAGGGAUUCAGUCUUGUCUUCACUUCAUACCAUAAUACCAAUGAUAACCAUCGUUGUAACUCAACAUCAGAAUUUCAAUGCAGCAAUGAUCAAUGUAUAGAUGCGGAACUAGAAUGUGAUAAAAAAACCAACUGCCGGGACUCGUCUGAUGAAUGGGGAUGUCCAGGAACAUGGCUGACGAUAUGGGCUAUUAUUGGUAUCGCCAUUGCAGCACUCCUGUUGGUGACUUGCGGAGUGAUGUUAAUUUGUGCAUGUUGUGGAAUGUUGUGUUUUAGCUGCAUCGGAGAUAAAAAAUCAAGUUCAACAGAAGAACCUGCGACGCAACAAGAAAUAACUUCAAUUAACAUGACCACAACACAACCACAGACGGUACACUCGUAUAUGCCUCCCCCUCCAGCCUACGAUCAAGGUACAUAUGAUGAUAGUUUGCCUCCUAAACCACAGUAAAGAAUCCAAUGAUUCCAGGCACAUUCAUUAUUAAAUUUAUUAGUUCUUACGAAAAUAAAUAUAGAUGCAAUUAGUAUUGGUAAACUUAUGACAGAAGGGGACGGAUGAUAUCAUAUUGUACAUGCUUUACUAGUAUAUUAUAUAAUGGACAGUGUAUUAAAUACAUUAGCAGAGUGCUUCACUUUAAUCUUAAGUUGGUAUUGCAAAUGUUAGUAUUCAAAACAAAUUUCUUUUUAAUUAAUUAAAUUAAAUAAUUGUCACCUAAUAUUUAUC